AUGGCAACCUUCGAGGAGCAGACGGAGUGCGUUGUGGAAGCCUUGUUCUCUGACCUCCUGGGUGACGAUGAGAGUGACUGCCGGAGCCUGGAGACGGACUCGGGAGAGCCCAUGAGGUUGGCAAGGGACCCUCCAACCCAGUUUGACCCAGUUGUGGUCGCCAGUCGCCUGCGGCGGAUGGGGGACCAGUGCAACAUGGAUUUUGAAAGGGUUUCCUCAGAGGCUCUUGUUGAAGUGCUCAAGGGAAAGAUGGAGAAGUUUGGGGCUGCUGUGGACUCUCUGAGCCGGUGCUGGAGUGACCAGAACCCCGAGCUGGUCUACGAGAGAGCUUUUCUCUGUGUUUCUGUGAAAUUGCUAAUACAUGUUGCUAAGAAAGUCCCAACUGUGGUGCGUCCCAGCCACCUCAUAGAAGUGAUUAAUGGAAAUUCUCAAGUGAGGAACUACAUUGAGGCCUGUGGCGGAUGGGAGAACUUGGACAACUGA